GCGGCGGUGUUGGCAGCGAACGGCGAGGGCAGCAGAGUCGGUGGCCGUCGGUCUCUCGACACGAGUUACCGUGACAAGUGCAUUGCCUAUUGCACGUCGACCGAGUACACACACAUACGUCCAUACGUAUCCACACAUCACACACGUACUUCAAAAACGACACGUCGUCGUUGAAAGUGUUUCAACAGACGCGCGACAAACGGAUUUUUCUCUCUCACCUCUAUUUCUUUUCUUUCUUUUCCCUCGCACCUUUUCCUCUCGCGUUUUCCCUCUUCGUUCCCGAGCGUUUCCGAGCGCAUCGCGAUCGACUCGCUCGGACAUCGCUCGCUUUUCAAGGGUCGAUUCGUGUCCGCGCGUGCAUCUUUCGACUGACUGGGGAAGAAUCGACGGAAGGGUAGAAGCGAGGAAUUUACACCCUGAUCGGUCCGUAGGAAGAUCGACAAGUGGAGCGCGCGAUGGCGGACGAUCAAGAAGCAAACAACACGUGCGAGGAUUCCCUCGGGCCCGGUGAUGCAAACACCGCAUUCGCUAAGAAAAUCCGAGGACGAAAAGGAGCCCUGAAGAAAAAGAAUGUCUACGUGGUCAAGAAUCACAGUUUCAUGCCUCGUUUCUUCAAACAACCAACGUUCUGCAGUCAUUGCAAGGACUUUAUAUGGGGCUUCGGGAAGCAAGGAUACCAAUGUCAAGUCUGCAGUUUCGUUGUACACAAACGAUGCCACGAGUACGUGACCUUCACGUGCCCCGGUGCUGACAAAGGAGCUGAUUCCGACAUGAGCACCGCACACAAAUGGGAGGUUUUCACGUACCUGACGCCGACCUUCUGCGACCACUGCGGCUCGAUGCUUCACGGUAUCGCGCAUCAGGGACUUAAAUGUUCAGCAUGCGACAUGAACGUUCACAAGAGAUGCGAGGAGAGCGUGCCGAAUCUUUGCGGAUGCGAUCAUACGGAGAGACGUGGUCGUAUAAACUUGUACAUCUCGUGCUCUGGAAGCAAGCUCACGGUCGAAGUGAAACAGGGGCGAAAUUUGAUUCCGAUGGAUCCAAACGGAUUGUCGGAUCCAUACGUCAAGCUGAAGUUGAUUCCAGAUUCGGACACCGUGAAGAAGAAAACGAAGACGAUCAAAUCCUCGUUGAAUCCCGAAUGGAACGAGACUAUCAUUUUCGACUUGAAACCCGAGGACAAGGACAGGCGGCUCUUGAUCGAGGUUUGGGAUUGGGAUCGAACGUCGAGGAACGAUUUCAUGGGUUCUCUCUCCUUCGGGAUCUCGGAGCUUAUCAAAGCGCCUGCCAACGGCUGGUUCAAACUUCUCACCCAAGAGGAGGGGGAGUAUUACAACGUACCUGUUCCGGAGGAGGGCGUCGAUCUCGCCGAGUUGAAGAUGAAGAUGCGAAAAACCUCGGUCACGAAAAAGACGACCACCACCCAGGACAAGGAAGUGCCCCACAACAUGGGCAAGAGCGACUUGAUAAGGGCGAGCGAUUUCAACUUCCUGAUGGUGCUCGGCAAAGGCAGUUUCGGAAAAGUGAUGUUGGCCGAGAGAAAAGGUACCGACGAGCUGUACGCGAUCAAGAUUCUGAAGAAGGAUAUCAUCAUUCAGGACGACGACGUGGAAUGCACGAUGGUCGAGAAACGCGUGUUGGCGUUGUCCACCAAGCCGCCAUUCCUGGUCCAACUGCACUCCUGCUUCCAGACCAUGGAUCGCCUCUAUUUCGUGAUGGAAUACGUGAACGGUGGGGAUUUGAUGUACCAGAUACAACAGUGUGGCAAGUUCAAAGAGCCUGUCGCUGUAUUCUACGCGUCCGAAAUAGCGAUCGGCCUUUUCUUCCUCCACGGCCGUGGCAUCGUGUAUCGGGAUCUCAAGUUGGACAACGUUCUGCUGGAUCAGGACGGUCACAUCAAGAUAGCCGAUUUCGGUAUGUGCAAGGAGGGGAUCAGCGGGGACAAGACGACGAAAACGUUUUGCGGGACGCCGGAUUACAUAGCGCCGGAGAUCAUAUUGUAUCAACCGUACGGGAAGUCGGUCGACUGGUGGGCGUACGGCGUGCUGCUGUACGAGAUGUUGGUCGGUCAACCGCCGUUCGACGGCGAGGACGAGGAGGAAUUGUUCGCCGCCAUUACCGAGCAUAACGUCAGCUAUCCGAAGAGUUUGUCGAAGGAGGCUAGGGAAAUUUGUAAAGCGUUCCUCACGAAGAAUCCGGUGAAGAGACUCGGUUGCGGGCUACGAGGGGAGGAGGACGUGCGGAGCCACGCGUUUUUCCGACGUAUCGAUUGGGAGAAGAUAGAGAAUCGGGAGGUGCAGCCACCGUUCAAGCCGAAAAUCAAACAUCGCAAGGACGUGAGCAACUUCGACAAGCAAUUCACCUCGGAGAAGACGGAUUUGACUCCCACGGACAAAUUGUUCAUGAUGAAUCUGGAUCAAACGGAGUUUAUGGGUUUCUCGUUUCUCAAUCCGGAAUUCGUGCAACACGUUUAAAUCGAUGGAAUAUCCUUAAAGUCACUGGCUAGUUUUAAUCUCGUACGUUUCUCUCUCUCUCUCUCUCUCUCUCUCCCUCCAUCUCUCUCUCUCCAAAGACGUUCAUCUUCGCUACUCAGGGGCUUUCACCGUCAUUUACCUAUAUCUCUCUCUCUGUCUAUUUAUCUAUCUCUACCUGUCUCUGUCUAUCUUCGUACUUCUUCCUUCCUCCGAACCUCCGUCUCCCCCCCACCCCGAUAUCGAUCCACUUUCCCCAUUCUUCGAAACUUGGCAACACUUGGCACUCUCGGUUGCCGGAGGAAACUUUUUUUCCAAAAAAAAGAAAAGAAAAAAAAGAAAAGUUUUCACUUUGUAAUCUUUAUUAAUCUUAGAGGAGAUCGUUGGUAUCGCGUUGAUAUUCGCCCGACGAGACGAAAACGAUUGAAAUUGAAAAUCAAGGAAAGUACGAUUACGAGAGAAAAAAAAAAGAAAGGGGAGAAAAAUAAAUUACGAUCGCAAAUCGUUGAAUGGAAAACGUCGCGCUUCCUUCAGCGUUUUUGUCGGGGAAUAUUUCCCAUAUAUUUGCCCUUCUCCUUCUUCUCCUUCCCCUUCCCCUCUCCCCCUCCUCGGUACGUUUUCUUCGAUUACUUUCCGGGACACGUAUAUACACGUACACGUACACGUACACGCAUACACUCACGUACACGCGACUGUGUAAAUUAUACAUAUUGAACAAAUGAAUUAUAUUCCUAUUGUUAUUAUGAUUAAUUAUUAUUAUUAUUAUUGUUAUUAUUAUUAUUAUUAGAUAUAUUCUUCAACUUAUAGAAAUAAUCGCGAAUUGUUAUAUACGUGUUAUACGAAUUUAUUAAAUUUCAAUCCGCGAAUUAAUUUCGUUUAAUCAAAACGAUUUUUCUCUUAUGUACUCUUACUCGGCUAGUUGAGAUAAUUGAGCGAAUUAAUUUCCUUUUUUUUUUUUUUUUUUUUUUGCGGAUAAAAAAAAUUUUAACGAGCGGUAACAAACGUUCGAUUUCUAGUCCACACAUUUCCAUACAGGUAUAAUGCUUAUACGUAUGUAUAACGUGUGCCUAUAUACGGAGAAAAAUUAUACGAUACAUAUAUAUAUAUGUAUAUAUAUAUAUAUGCAUCGUAUAUUUGCUCCCCGCUAAAUUAAUUGGUUAUCGAAGCACGAACUCGAAGCGCGUUUUCUUCUGAAUGCCAUUUAUUCACUUCCAAGAACGUGCUCGGUGAGCUUGACGGUGGUAGUGAGAUUAUAAUAACGAUCGUAAGUAAUUUUAUACGCGAGGACGGACCGCAACAAUGUUGACGUUGUUGUUUGUGAAAAAAGAGAAAAAAAAGAAAAAAAAAAAACACGUACAGACGAUUAGGAUGGUGCUAGGAUGAUCGACGAUACGGUCGAAUCGAGUUAUUCUUGUCUCGUUUGUUAAUCGAUGCCCAUUCGAUACUUGCCUCGUUCGGAGCUCGUUGUUAUCGAUCGAACGAAGCGAGUAUAGGUAGUGGAAAGACAGUGGAACGGUUAUUUCAUCACCGGCACACACCUCGUAUUUUCCUCGCUUUUUUCGACUCGUCGAUUUUCGAGUUGUUCGCUCGAAACGACGAAAGGGCGAUGCUUCGGUAUUCCUCGAUGAAGCUCUUCUCGUGCCUGAAAUCCUCGCUCCGGUGAUAUACGCCUUUUCUAUCGAGCUCGUUUCGGCUCGCGUCAUCGAGGACGAAAACGAACGAAAUGAAACGACGAACGAAACGUUCGAUCGAUUUUUUGCGCCAAGUCGCGAAAAAUUUUUUUCCUCCUCGAUCUCUCUUUUUUUCGGUCGGUUGCCACGCCGACGCUCGAUAGUAGGAUUAAUUAUUACUUGUCGAUUAAUUAAGCGUAAUUGUCGUAGAUAUAUAUAUAUAUAUAAAUAUAAAUAUAUAUAUAUACAUACAUAUACACACAGACACACACAUAUGUAUACAAGUUGACUGGCUCGUUAAUUUUUACGAGCGUCCCCUUUUUUUCUAAUAUAUAUAUAUAUAUACAUAUACAUAUAGAAAGAGACACAUAUACACACGUUUCACGUUCGCGACUCGACGAGUGACAGUGGAACCGUUCGACAAUCGAAAUGUUCGAGUUUACGAGUGCGUUUCGCUUGGAACAUUAACUCUAUACGUUAGAAGCAACCAUCCUCGAUAAAUUUUUCACUCUUCUCGAGAACAAAGCGUACACGUAAACAAACGCGCACGCACACGGACUCGUACCCUUCCAUUCGGGACCUUUGUUAUCUCUCUCGCUCGUAACGAUCUUCCAUUUUAAAAAAAAAAACCUUUGCCUCCUUUGUCCUCUGACGAUCGUCCAUCGGCGGACAAAGGAUACGAGUUCGUGAAUUUCGAAAGUAAAGAAAAGAGAGAAAAGAAAAAUGAAAAUGAUCGAGCGUAUUAAUUACGUGUUCCAAUAAAUAAGCGAUUAUCGUAACGUAAUUCUCGCCUCCUUUAUUCAACGGGUGAUUCAAUCAUAUUCUUCUAUCCAUUGAAUUUACGUAAUCUCGUCUCGAUAUCCCACCGCUCUUCUCUUAUCCGAUUCGAUCCAAGACUCCAGAAUCGCACGUCACGUGUUACGAUUCCCCCGUUCGUCAAGACGACUUUUUUUUUUUUUUUUUUCUCUUUUCCAACCAACGAUUCGCGUGACAAAGUGACGAUUUCGAUGAUUUCAAUUUAUUGGAAAAAUCCAAAACGAUUAAUGUCAAAUUGCGUUCUGUUUGUGUAGGACAAUAUAUCGAUCUCACGAAAUAAAAAUUCCUCCGAUCAA